CUCGAGAGUGAAGGCGUAAAUUGAGUUGUUCUCGAGAGUGAAGGCUACCCAACGUCGACGGCCAUGGGGAUGAAGAAGAAGAACCCGAGCGUGGCCGUGGUGGCUCUGAUGCUGCCGCUGGGGGCUCUGAUGCUGGCGCUGGUGGUGCUUGCCGCGGCGCCGGAUGGGGCGCGCGCGGCGUGCGACGCGUCGCAGCUGGCGGUGUGCGUGUCGGCGAUCAUGGGCGGGGCGCCGCCGACGCCGGAGUGCUGCGCGAACCUGACGGCGCAGCAGGGCUGCUUCUGCCAGUGCGCCAUGGAACCCGCCAACGGCAGCUACAUCAAGAGCCCCAACGCCCGCAAGACCCUCCAGUCCUGCCACCUCGCCGUCCCAACCUGCUAGGCACCUCGAUCAGCCUCCUAGCAGAUACUCUUGCUAGCUGACUCCGUGAGUCUGAGAGAGUAUGAGACUAGCUAGCCUAACUGAGUGAGUGAGCGCGUGCAUACUCGCGUGUGGGAUGUAUGC